AUGUUCUCAGAUGGGAGGUUGAUGAAUUCAGAUGGUUGGCUCGAUGUUGCUGAUAACACCGUUCUCGUCAAAAGGGCAACUUUGCUUGAGAGGAAAUUAUGCUUGAAACUGUUGCACUGA